GAGUCCAGAAGUGAGCGCAGUACCUUCAAUAUUUCAGACAGAAAACCGGCUUACGUUAACUGGGAUUUGUGUGAAGAGGUCACUGAGGUGAAGCCAUUUGCGCGUGUCUACCCUCGGAAAACAGCUGGACUGCCUGUUACACUAACAUUCAACGUCGACGAUGGCUCCGCGUUUUACGCCUUUCUGACGGACGAGACCACCGAGCUGGCAUUCCAGGAAGGCAAGAGUAUUGCCGAAAUAUUCCUGCCUCUGGAAACUCAUUAUCCGUCUGGGUACUCCAUCGAUCUGACUCCAAGCACCAUGAAGUUUCGUGUCUCCGCUGAGGACAAUCAUGUUCUUCAGCUUUAUGUGGCCGAGGGCGCACCGAAGAAUAAUCAGUUGGUGGAGGUGAACAUCAAAGCCAGUCACCAGUAG